AUGUAUGGCAGAAGUCUUAGUGGUGAUGGUGAUUGUGGUGGAGAUGGUAGUGAUGAUGGUGAUAAUAGUGGUAGUGAUGGUGAGUGGUGAUUGUGGUGGUAAUGAUGGUGGUGGCAAUGCCGACAGAAGUGGUGUAGUGAUGAUGGUGAUGAUAGUGAUGAUGGUAGUGAUGAUGAUGGUGGUGAUAAUGAUGGUAGUGAAGAUGAUGCUAGUGAUAAUGAUGCUGGUGAUGAUGGUAGUCACUGGUAAUGAUGAUGAUGGUGGUGAUGAUGAUGGUAUAGAGAUAAUGAUGGUAGAGAUAAUGAUGGUGGUAGUGAUGAUGAUGACAAUGGUGGUAGUUAUGGCGGCGAUGAUGGUGGUAGCGAUAAUAACAAUGAUGGUACUGUAAUAGUGAUGUUGGCAUGCAAUAAUGAUGAUGAUGAUGGUGGUGGUGCAGGUAGUUCUGGUGGCGAUGAUGAUGAUGGUAGUAGCAAUGGUGGUGAUAAUGUAAAUGAUGAUGGUGGUGGUAGUGAUGGUGGUGAUGGUGUUGGUGAUAAUGAUGGCGUUGGUGAUGAUGAUGGUGGCAGGCCUCUAAAUAAAUCUGGAUGUUAUACCAGUCAUUAUGACAGGUGGAUCACUAAAUUUACCGGUCACAGCGGAAUUUAUGCCGGUCGUUGUCACUCCUUAGCUUCUUUUUCCCCCUCAUCUUUGGCGUGACUCGUAACUUUAGAAACAAUUGUGUAUUUUAAUUAUUGUAUACAUAGUAGAAGUAUGCAUGGCGUUUAUCAAAUCGCAAGGCGUUUAUCAAAAAGCAAUUUACCAUGAAUAUUUCGUAUUUGGACGCUGA